UAAGGGCAAUAAAAUUACAGCAAUGGGUAAACCCUGGCACCCCCAGUGUUUUACUUGCGACAAAUGUGUCAGACCUUUGGAUCCCAACAAUUACUUUGAAAUGAAUGGUAAACCUUAUUGUGAAGACGAUUAUCACAAACUGUUUUCACCGAAAUGUGAGGGGUGUCUGACUCCCAUCACUGAUGUAAGACUGGCCUUUCCGGCCUAUCGUAUACUUAACCGCAAAUCGCAAUUAACAACACUAAUCUAUUCACAUCUUACUUUGCGUGGAAACCAAGUGAACGCAAUGGGCAAACCCUGGCACCCCCAGUGCUUUACAUGCACUCAAUGUGCCAAACCAUUGGGUCCUAACAACUACUUCGAGAAGAAUGGUAAACCCUAUUGCGAGGAUGACUUCCACAAACUAUUUUCACCUAAAUGUGCUGGCUGUCACCUCCCUAUCAAAGAUGGCAAUUUCAUCAAUGCGAUGGGCAAGCCCUGGCACCCCCAGUGCUUUCAGUGCACUCAAUGUGGGACACCUCUGGGGCCCAACAACUUUUAUGAGAAGAAUGGCAAACCUUACUGUGAAAAUGAUUUUCACAAACUCUUUUCACCCAAAUGUAACGGUUGUCACACACCUAUCACUGAUGGAAACCCAGUGAAUGCAAUGGGAAAGCAAUGGCACCCCCAGUGCUUCACUUGCGACAAGUGUGCCAUCCCUCUGACCCCUAAUAAUUACUUCGAGAAGAAUGGCAAACCUUAUUGUGAAGACGAUUACCAUAAGUUGUUUUCUCCCAAAUGCGAGGGCUGUCACCUCCCUAUUAAGGAUGGUAACUACGUAAACGCAUUGGGCAAGAACUGGCACCCCCAGUGCUUCAAUUGCACCCAAUGUGGCAAAACUCUGGGUCCCAACAACUUCUAUGAAAAGAAUGGCAAACCUUAUUGUAAGGAAGACUUUCAUAAACUGUUUUCACCCAAAUGUGCUGGAUGCCACGAACCCAUCACCGAUAGCAAUUAUAUCCGUGCGAUGGGUAAGGACUGGCACCCCCAGUGCUUCAAAUGCAACACUUGUGAAGUGCCGUUGAGUCCCAAUAACUUCUUCGAGAAGGCAGGAAAGCCAUACUGUGAACGCGAUUAUCACAAAUUAUUCUCUCCUCCCUGUGCUGGUUGUGAUCAACCAAUUAAAGACACG